AUGACUCAAGUUGUUUCCGAGUCGAGUGAGGGGCAAACGAACGGAGUUUUGGAGAUGAUGGAGUUGCUUUGCAUCGAUGUGCUGGAGGAGGAGGAAGAACAAGUUUUGCAGAGCUCAGAUAACACAGAACCAACGCAAUUUUCAAAGAACGUGCUGAGAAAGCAGCGGCACUGGGAGAGAAAGCUGGCUGCUCGGAAAAGCAAAAGAAAAGAGGAGAAACUGAGGAGGAAGCUCAAUCGGUGCUCAGGUAAAGACCAGCUGCAAAUCAGCAAGCGUGUCACGAAGGCCGCCGCCGAAGAGCGCUUGGCUGAGGCUCGGACCAACGGCGUCAAAGUGUGCGUCGACCUCAGCAUGAGCCACCGCAUGUCUGACAAGGAGACCAGCCGUCUGGCGGCUCAGUUGCGGCGGCUUUACGGAGCCAACAAACGGGCGAGCAGACCCUUCCACGUGUUUCUGACCAGCCUUCGGGAAGACAGUCGCCUCAUGGCGGAAUGCGUGCGCAUGAACGACGGCUUUCUGAACUACGCAAUGGAAAGAACAGAGAGGAGUUGUCUGGAUGUUUUCCCUCAAGAAAGCGUCGUCUACUUGUCGCCUGACGCAGAAGAAGCUUUGGAGCAGGUGGAGCGCGACAAAGUCUACGUCCUCGGCGGGCUGGUGGACGAAAGCGUGCAAAAGACGCUGAGCCUCUCCAGAGCCAAAGAACUGGGCGUCCGUGUGGCAAGGCUCCCGAUAGACGAACACAUGCGGAAGACCCCAAACGACAAGAACUUCCACUCGAAGAUCCUGGCGAUCAAUCAAGUAUUUGACAUCAUGCUAACUGUGUUCGACACGGGCAGCUGGACUAAAGCUCUGGACGAGUACUUCCCCCGGGCGAAGGGUUAUGUUGUCCCACAAAACAACGGUCAUGACGACACUUGA